AUGUCGCGCUUCCGGCCGUAUGUCGUGUGCAGGAAGUGCAAAGAGAGCUGGCUGUAUGCUGAUCGCAUUUCAACCCACCCGUGUUGUGCAGUUUGUGGUGCAACGUGGCCUCGACAGGCAAAGCCUAAGGUUAGGUUUGUACAGAGCGGUGAUGAGGCGUCUGAGACCUCAUUUAGGCCGCCCAGGCAGAGCAAGGAGAGAAAGCCCGGCAAGGCGGCACUCGCUUUGCACACAGUGUGGGAGAAGUUGACUCCCGAAGCCCGACUGGCGAUCGAAGAAGCCGGGUGGAGGCCUCCAUCCGCUCCGCGGCAGCGCUUGUUCCGCCUCCGGGCAUCUGAGGCCUGCGAGGCUAAGCAGAAGCUGUGGUCUGAAGCCACGGAGCAGCAGAAAGAGCUCACGCUCAAGGCCGGCCUCAAGCCGCCGGAGCAAACUCCAGCACCUACCUCCUAUGAGGUUGGAACAGCGGCCAAUGCAGCCUUUCGUAAGGCUACUGUUGCUUUGAAGCUGCUCGGUGACAAGAAAAUCAGCCUGCAAAAGCGUAUCGACCAUGCUAAGGAGCAGUACCAUGCAAGAUUGACUGACAUGAAGCAGCUGCAGGAGAAAAUCGAUGAGGCGCAGCAACAGGUUGCUGAUGCGGGCAAGGAGCUCAAUACCAAAGUUCUGGCCCAAAGCGAAUCUUGGAACAGUGAAAUUUCGCAGUUUCUUGAUAAGUUUGGGAUUUCCUUGACUGCGGAGCAACAGGCUCAGAUUGCACAGGUGCGUGCCGGCACACAGACAGCUCCUGACAGCCAGGCUCCAAAUCUGAAGGCGGAGGCACCACGCGCGACAGAGUCAGCCAAGAAGCCUGAGCUGCCGAAUGGCCAGCGCGACGCCCGUUCGAGGUCGCCGCGGAAGGCACAGGAUGCAGAUGGCGAGAAGGAGGAUCUGAUCCUUGAUUACAGAGUGCCGGCCAGGGUCUUCCGCCACAGGCCGUCCACUUUGCCACUGUGCUGGAGUGUUUGUGCUUCCGCCCGGAGGCAUGAAGGCACCCUUGAGACCAGGCCCAUUUCUAGCCCGAACCCGUGUGCGCCUUCGGGAGUUUUCCCUAACCCCAAUUUGCCCUUUGCGAGUGGAGAUGCAUCGGAGCUUGAAGAGCUUGUGCAAGGGUUGCCUCCUUGUUUGAGUUGUGGCCAGAAUGCAGUGCUUGGUCAGCAGGAUUUUCCUUGGAUUAGGAGUUUUCUUUCAGCCAGCAGCAAGGACCUUGCCACGGCUGUCAGUGAUGUACUCUGUUACUGCCCAGGGUGUUUGUGUCGCUGGGCGGACCGCUCCACCAGCACCGAGGGCCUGCCUCACAUAUCCGAUUGCUUGUCAGGACCACGUUUCUUUCCAGCCAGUGCUGCUCAGGAGUGUGAUGAACAGGGAGAGGUGUCUGGUUCGCAGAAGCUCGCAAUAGUGUGGCCUACAUGUAUCAGAGCAUUCUCGUAUGGGCCUUCCACGAAUCGGAAAACCCCUGUAUCCAGACGGGCCCGCAGGCGCCUCAACCGCCGAUUGCGACACGUUCUUGAGGGUUCAGGGCCCUUAUCAGAUCCGAUUUAUCACGGUGGUGAUGUGCUUGAACCUUGUGCAGCGGCGUCAGUCCAUGCAGAAGUGGUUGACGUUGAUAGCUCCAGGUCGCAGGCUGGCCAUGAUCUUUCAGUACCGUUCCCUACCCCGUGUGCUUCCCAGUCUUGGGACCCUAGCCCCAAUUUUGAUUGCUGGGAUGCUACUCCUGGGCAUUGCGGCAUCGCUGGUGAAUUGCGCGGGCGUCCUGACCAGGACCAGCAUCUUUUGGGUUGCGCGGCAGCCAAUCUUGAUGCCAUGAGGGCCCCCAGGGCCCAGGAGGAGGGUGGUCGUUACUGUAGUGGUGGUGGUUUCUUUCAGGAGGUGGUGUGCCCGCUGGGCGAGGGUCCUGGGGGUCGGACUUUUGGGAUUGCUUCCCUUAAUAGAGUUUCCCUCCAGGGUCCAGGAGGUGGGUAUAUCACACACGCGGAGGAUUGGCCCUCAGGAGGAGGUGUGGCCGCUGGCCGAGGACCCUGGCGGGAGCAAUACAUUUCGUUGUCUGAGAAUUCUAACUUUCAUGAUCAUCCGGUUCCAGCAUGCCCUGAGGCUGGUGACCAAAGGUAUGCGAUGUCCCAUCCAAGCGCUGCUGUCGGGCGAGUCGCUGAGGAAACCCUGGCCGUCCCUAACCCCAAUUUGAUUUCACAGCAGUCUGCGGCUUUGGAGGCUCUGAAGGCUGAUGUGCUUGCUGGAGCUUCAGGCCCUUUGCUCUCAAAGGUUGAAAGCAUGGAAAGUCAGGGCAUCAUCAGUGAGGGUACUUUCAUGUGGAAGGCUGUUGAGCUUGCUGUUGAGACUCAGGAGGAUGUGCCAAAGCAUGUUGCAUGUUGGGCUUUGGAAGAUGCCUUAGCCAAUCUUUCAUGCCAAUCCCAGAGGCCCGAACUCAAGAUUCUUAGCGCGAAUGUGACAUCAUGGCGCAAAGCCCUGUGCCCCUGGAUUGCACAACACCAACCUUCCCUGUGCCUUCUCCAGGAAACUCACUUGAGUCCAGAUUUGCCUGAUCUGCUUGAUUCACAGCUGGGCCCGUUUGGGUACGCGGCGUUCAGUUUGCCGGGCCGUCGAACUGCUAAGGGCGGCGUCAGUGGCGGCCUGUCCAUAUGCUUCCGCAAGCACCUCAAUCUCAGGCCCAUUGAUGAGGCAGGAGAGGCUGAGGCGGUCAAUGGGCCCAUUGCGGCCCUUCAGGCCUACUUGAUGGAACUUGGCGAGCGUUUGAAGCGGAUUGCAACACUGGAGGGUUGCCAUGACCUUGCAUCGGGCAUUGACCGCACUGUUCCAUUGUGCUCUGGUUGGCUCUUCCAAGCCGGGAUGGUGCAGGCUGCCACACAACUUGACACGCGCGGUGUGGCCACUGGCUUUGUUUACGAGGGCCUGUGGACUGGCCCCCACAGUGUCAUUUCUGAUGGCAAUCUUGUGUAUGCCAGUGAUGCAUCUGGUGGCCCAGGGGCCAAAGAUCCAAGGCGCUUGAUCAAUGCCGACGUUGACGACCUUUGUGGCAAACGUGCUGCACAGGCGCGCCGAAGUCCAGAGCUCUGCGAGCUCAUGAUGUUCCGGAUCCCUUGGGUCACCAGUGGAUCAAAGGCGCUGAAGGCCAGUUUCAAUCGCCUCAUGUCCCAUCAUUGCAUUGGUGGGGGUGAGAUCUUGAAAGAAUGGGGCUGCAGCGGCCACACUCAGGUGUUGGAGCUAAGCAGCUGCAAAAACCUUGUGACGGCCGUGCAGCUGUCAGCCAACUGGGUUAAGAUAGACCGCGCCAAGUCUGCGUAUGCGGAUCUCUUAGAUCAGAUGAAAAGUGUUCAGGAGGAGCUUACGGACAAACAGAAUGAAGUGGCGGCCUUGCAAAAGGCCGUCCUGCGAGCGCUUCAGCAGUGUGGCAUCAACUUGAGUAGUGAGCAACAGGCCCUUCUUGACUGCAAUGCCAUGGAAGUUGAAGAGGCGAAGGAGGAGGCUGUGUCAGCUGCGUCUUUCGGCCAGCCGCCGGUGGGACACUCCAGAGUGCACAAAUUGGCACGAGGGUUGCAGGGUAGGGGUGAUGGGAUAAAGCAGGGCCUGCCUGAGGUUGCGAUGCGAUUUGUGCUGCUGGACCCUUAUGUGUCAGGAGAGCCUGUGCAUAGAGUGUUUUCAGCUGCCAGUUGCUUGAGUAAGCCCUUUUCAGGCCCUCUCGCUAGUGAGGGUGUCAGGGCCCCGGUGACUGGAGUUUUGCGGCUUGGCACCGGCGAGGCUUUUGCAUUUCAGGUCCCGAACCUGUGCCUUUACCCUCCCUUUGAGGGCCCUAACCCCAAUUUCUUGCAGCUGUGUGGAGCCUCGGGCAUACAGGACCUUGCCAUGCACACGAGGCUGUCGGCUCCAUCACUCCGGAGCCUGACUCCGUGUGCUCCCUCUCUUUUCAAGGACCCUAGACCCCGAUUGCACGGACUGGACGCCUCGGGCCUUAGAUCCGUGCAACAAGAGAUUUUGGACAGUAGGUCUGGGAGCCCUGGUGAGCCAUCAGUUGCACUCCCUAACCUGUGUGCUGCCUCCGUUCCUGAGGACCUUAACCCCAACUUGUCAGUGCGCACUACAACAACACAGAGUGCCCUUCGUGAGGAGGCGCAACUUCCUUCAGGUGUGCAGCCGGAGGCAGUAAGCAAAGGUCCAGAUGUCGAUGAAAUUUCAUUUGCACUCCCUAACCCGUGUGCAUCUCCCUGGCCUGAGGCCCCUAACCCCAAUUUGACCAGCGAGGCCCUGCAGGAGCAACUCAGAGGUCUUGAGGCUGAUGGUUGGUGCAUUGGAUGUGGCCAAUCCCAGGUCUUAGGGCGUAGUACGAACCAGGAGGUUAAAAAAUUUGUGCAGGCAUGCUGCCACGUUCACUUGAAUGCGCCUUGUGACGAAGCCCUCACUGCCCUGUCUGAUGUCUUGAACUACUGCCCGAGGUGCUUAUGCAAGUGGGAGGCCAAGGUCCAAACAACUUGCAAGCAGCCCAAGGAUCCGGUGGCCUUGUCGGGUCCUACAUACUUUUUUGAUUGCGCUGAGGCCCCGGAGCCCGAUGAACUUGCUGAUGUCACCAGUAUGCCGCUACAUGUUCAGGGCAAAAUUCCAGCUUCGCGCCGGACCCGGCGCCGGUACAACCGUAGGCUCCGACUUGAACCAAUAGAGCCCCUACGGGGAGCCCCCAAGAACCCGGUUGAGGAGGUCGCGGCUACCACCGAUGACCCGCAUGCCUCACCUGAUUGCCCAGCCCGGCCCACCAAGACUUCACUUUGGCAGGAAAUCGAAAAUGGGCGUGUGGCGUUGGAAGCUGCAUUUGCCAGUUGGUCCUGUCUGUGGAAGGGUUUGGAGCACAAGUGUCAUUCGGAGGUACUUGAGGCUGUUGAGGCCUUAGAGUCGGGGCGCCACAUCGUUGAAGACACUUUUGCAUGGCGUGCGGCAGAGCUUGCUGUUGAGGCUGGUGAUGAGGUUCCGUGGCAUGUUGCCGGGUCAGCUGUUGCAGACGUCAUUGCCAAUUUAGAUGCCGCCCCCUGCGGGCGUAAGCUGACCUUCAUUUCUGCUAACGUUACCCGAUGGCGCAAGGAUCUGUGUCCGUGGCUUGACCGCCAUAGACCGGAUCUUUGCUUGGUGCAGGAGACGCACAUUACAAAGGAGCAAGGUGACUUGAUUUCCACACAUGUCGGGCCCUUUGGAUAUAAGGCUUUCAGCCUGCCAGGGCAUCCAACUGGAGGUGGAGGCAACUCAGGUGGAUUGGCGGUUGUUUUCAAAAAACACCUUGACGUGCGUAAAGCCCACCAUUUCCUUCACCACGGGGUAGGGUUCCAGGCUGUGGUGUUGCGCAUCAGGGAUGUUGAUCUUUUUCUUGUCAAUGUGUACUUGAAGUCCGGUGAAGGCUUUCGCAGCCAGGCCAAUGCCAAAGUCUUAUCCCACUUGAUCUCCUUUCUCAGGUCUGUGAGAUUUUUUGUGGCUGGGGAUUUCAAUGAGGAUUUCAGUGUCAUUGGCACAACAAACAUUGAUCAGGAGGUUCGGGGCACGUGGCUCCACUCUGGGGCCUCCACUUGCACUGGAGGUGGAAACAUUGACUAUGGCAUUUUGUCCAGGGGCUUGGUCUUGGGGGCUCAGCUUCAGGUUGAUUGGGUUACACCCUUUGCGCCGCAUGCUGCCUUGCACUGGACUAUCAACAGGCAACACUGUGAUGCCAAAAUCCCGCAGCUUGUUGGUUUUAAGCCUCUCCCUCUGAAGCCCCAACCUUUUGUGCCGCCAGCAGCUGCAGGUUGUGACCUUAGUCAACCCAUGUGGGAAUGUGAACUCGGCCGCCAUUGGGGUGGUUCUCUUGGGCAGCCGGCCCUCACUCAGCAGUUUGAGGCACUCAGUGGUUCUGUUGAGCUUUCGGUCUUCGGAGUUGCCCAAGGUAGGGGGGCCUUGCCAAAAAUUCAAAGAGCCACAAUGUUGUGCCAUUCGGCCCCAGCAGGGGUGUGGGGUGGAGCGCAGGCUGCAUUUUGGAAGCGGAUUUUAGCCUGGCUUGAGUGUUCCAAACAGCAUAAGUGUAAGCUUCCCUUGUGCUCCAAGCUGCAGUUGCAGCUGUGCUCUAUGUGGCAAGGCCAGAAGGAGCAGCUAGCUGAAGUGCAAGCCCAAUUUAAAAAGUUUGGCCGAGAUACUGCUCCGGAUGUUUUCGCUUUUCUUUCAGAGGCUGCCAGUCAACAGUUUCGCUUGCACUCUAAGGCUUGGAUGCAACAGCAGAGCGCAGGUUACUUUAAGUGGUUGAAGCAGGCUUCGCUGAAAGGCUUGAGGGGUUUGUUUCGCAGUGUUAAGUCUGAGGAAGCUGUUCAUCUCAGGCCCUUCUUGACACAACCAGUCCAGGAUCGCAUUUAUUUCCGGUGGAGGCAGUGGUUCGAAUUGUGGUCAGACCCCAAAGGUGUUGACCAGGCACUUUUCAAUGAGCUUAAGCAUCGUGCUAUGUUGCAGGCGCGUGAACUUGGGCCAAUUCCUAUUGAGCAGGCAGUCGCGGCUUUCAAAAAGGUCCCCACCAAAGCACCGGGCCUGGAUGGAUGGACAUGCGAGAUUUUGCAAAACCUGCAGCGUCCUGCUGUUGAAGCUAUUGUGGCUUUCCUCCAUCAUUGCGAGCUUGAGGCCAGUUGGCCUGACCAAAUGGUUUUUGCCCUGAUUGCGUUACUUCCGAAAAGUGACAAACGCGAAAGACCCAUAGCACUUUUGCAUGUUCUUUAUCGUGCUUGGGUGCGAUUGAGAUGGAAGCUGGUGGCCGACUGGCAAGGCCAAUACUCCAGAGAAGCGGUGUGGGAUAAGGCCAUGCCGGGCAGUCAGGUUUUAGACGUUGCGCUUUCGAGGCUGCUCAGGGGGGAGGCCUCCAGACAAUCUGGGCAACACCUCAUAACUAUCUUCAUGGACAUGGAGACGUUCUACGAUCGUUGCAGGUUCAACGAUGUCAUUUCAUCUGGCAUUUCGCUCGGCUAUCCUCCCUUGAUCCUACACCAAGCAUUGCUCACUUACAUGGGCCCGCGCUUUCUACAGUCAGAGGGCUCCGUUUGCCCGGCCAUCACCCCCGGUAGGGGGGUGUUGGCUGGGUGCCCGGCGGCUCCUUCCAUCAGCAAGCUUGCUAAGAGGGCUGCUGUCAACCUUGAUGUGUGGAUUGACGACAUGUCACUGGAUGCAGUACAUGCUUCCGCCAAGCAGGUUGCCACAGAUGCGAUUUUGCUUUUCCGUAGUUUGCGCAAAGACCUUGAAGCCCGAGGUGCUACACUUUCCUUGGAAAAGACCUCCUUUGUUGCUUCCUCACCCCAGGCGGCCAAGUGUUUACUUGAAAUCAGAGAGGAGUCGGAUCCACAGGCCAUUGGAAGGCAAAAGUUGGGCUCCCUUGACGUCACCUUUCAGCUCAUGAGCCACAAAUGUGAGGAUCCUCACCUUACCAUUUUGCGACAACACUUUCGUGCGAUAGCCCGUGUUUUCUACAGAUGGCAGGUUGCGGACCCUGAUAAGUUUAGUAGUACGUGGGUUUGCUUGUGGCGUAGACUUACCGAGGCUCCUCAUCCUUGGAAGAGGGUUACGGGCCCCUUGUCCGCCACUUUGGCUUACCUCCUUGACUUAGGUGUUGUAGCCCCCAACCCUUCCUCUUGGCAUCAUGGUUCUGAUGCUCUGCAUAUCCACUGGGAUUGCCUUGAUGCAUGUAGGAAGGUUUGGCAGUGGCUCUACCCGAUCUGGGAGCACGCCCGUAAUAACCGCACUUCCUUGUUAGCUGGUUGUUCUCAGCUGGUGCAUGGCAUUGAUGCUAAAGUUCCCAGGCGGCUCAUGAAGCGUCGGUUUUUUAAUAAGAAAACACAUGUUCAUUUGCAGACAGUAUGGCAAGGGGCCUUGAUCAGUGAGUCCAAGCCAGGUUUUUGCAAGCUGUGCAAUUGUGCUCUUGAUUUGAAUCAUGUGCUUUGGCAGUGUCCUUUCAUCAAGUCCAAAUUUCCGGAGCCGCCCCAAUUUGCCAAGGCCAGAGAGCUUUACCAGUGGCCGAGUUUGUGGCUUCGAGGGCUUGUGCCCAGUGAGGCCACCCGCUUGAAGUACGAUAGGGCUGAUACUGGUUUUCUUGUUGAGGGGCUGUGGUGUCAACAGCAGGCCCUGCCAGGUGAUCAGUAUGUUUUUGCCAGUGAUGCCUCAGGGGGUCCUGGAGCAAAAGAUUCAAGAGCUUUAUGUGUCUCGUGGGCCAUUGCGGCCUACCGUCUUCAUGAUGGAGUCCCGGAGCGUGUGGCUAGUGUAACAUGCCUACCCAAAGAGCCCUUGUCUGUCGCGCAUGGUGAGCAACGGGCUCUUUACGAGCUUUUCUCAAGGACUGCCGGUGAUUUUGACGUGACAGUGGACUGUCAAGGAGCUAGCAAGGCCACGGCGUCUCUUGCUGCGGUAGAGGAAGUGAAGGAAAGGUUGCACAGCUUGUACGUUGAGCAGCUUUGUGAACGGCCCCGUCCCGAGGGCAGAUCAGGUUCUUCUUGGGAUAAGAUCUUAUCAACUUAUAGAGUUGCUUUUGAGCGGAGACUUGAAGAGCUGCAUACAGUUGAGUGCGUUUGGAGGUUUGCGACUAAGUGCUUGAAGAAACAACACUUGAGAGAAGUUUUUGAGGCAUUCGCACCUGAGGACGUUGCUGAGAAUUGCAUUUCAGAGGAGUUGCAACAAGCUUCGUUACAUCCUGUGGAGGAAGGCCCUAACUUCGAGCGUGAUCUUCUUGCUAGCAGUGCUGAAUUGCAGGAGCUUUUGAGAGCUAGUGCUGAUUGUGAGCUGCCAAGUUCUUCAGCUGAGCCGAAGCGUGCAUUCAAGCGCCGAUUGCAGCAGCAGGACUCUGUGAUUGAGUUGGAUUGA